AUACACAAAAAUGGGUAAGAUUCCUUGAAGCUAUUGAAGAAGUUGGUGAAAAUGCAGAAAAAGAGGGAGUUAUCUCACCCCUUAAGGAAGGUGAAAAAUCUGGACUUUAUGUAGCUCUCAAGAGUUUAAACAAUUCUUCAGAACUACAUAAAAAUUUUUUGGAUGAAGUAAGUUUUCUAUUUAAGUUCAUAAAUUUAAAUGAAAAUUUUGAUCCUAAAACGUUGAAUUAUAUGUUCGUAUUAAAAGAAAUGAAAGUUGGUAGUUUAAAAUCAAAUCUUAUGAUAAAAAAAUAUAAUCCGAACGAUAAAUAUGGGAAUCUAUUCCACAUUGCCACAUCACUUUCCGCUUUGCAUGGAUGUAAUUUAUUUCAUGGAGAUUUUCAUAGUGGUAACCUACUUUUGCAACACCAAAAUCGUGUUUAUGUAAGUGAUUUGGGAUUAAGCAGACCUUCUGAUCACUUUAAUAAUGAUAUUUUUGGAGUAAUUCCUUACAUGGCGCCAGAGGUCUUGCGCGGCAAGCCAUAUACCAGAGCAUCUGACAUAUAUUCUUUUGGUAUAAUUAUGUGGGAAUACACAUCAGGAGUUCCCGCUUUACACGAUGUCCCUCAUGAUUUAAAGUUAACUCUAGAUAUUUGUCGAGGAUUAAGACCUAAAAUAAUUGAAGAUUCCAUUCCAAAUUAUGUAGAGAUAAUGGAAAGUUGUUGGGACCUGGAUCCAAAUAAAAGACCUAGUGCUGAUGAUUUGGUAAAUAAAUUUCAAGUAUUAAUGAAAAAAUAUCCAUUUAAUAUCAAUAGGAUACCUGUACCAGAACAUGAACUUGUUAUUCAAAAACAUCCGUCAUCUUGCUAUACAAGUAGAAAAUUCGAUCAUUCUGCAAAAUUAAAUAAAAUUUUAAGUCAGGAUUUAAGUUCUAAAAUUAUAAUUGAUCAAGAAGAUGAUGAUGAUGUGCACUUCGUAAUGAUAAGCGAAGAUUUAGAGAGUUACAUGAUCAAAAAUUUAGAUUCAUGA